AAAAAGACAUAAUAGUGAGCAGUAUAGAUAUAUUGUGAAUCAAUUCCCAUUACCCAUGUGUUAAAGAGAGAUGCAAACUCACACGCAUGCUUUUGUUUACAUCAGGUUUUGCACAAGGCUCUUAAGAAAAUGAAAGGAACUUUGUUCUGCCCGCUGACAAAAUUUUUUCAGCUGUGACUGUCAUAUUACCGGUCAGAUGACUGUCACUGUUCUUGUAGGUAUCUGAAGCAAAGCGAAGAAAAAGGUGAGUGAGUCAGCCACUAGAGUGUAGUAGUUAAGAAGUUUGGAUGUAUUGCAACCUAAAAGCAUUUUAUUGACUUUAUAAAGUGGUAAUCAUAAUUUAUUGGAAAUGUUUAUUGUUUUCGAGACUAAACAAUUUCUCAACCCUGACUAAUCUCACAUUCACUACGUAUGACACUGUUGCAUUUAUUUCGUACUCUAUUGAUUGCAACUUAUAUUCAAUUUAACUAUAUAAUAUUGGUAUUUUUAUUUUUGGAAAACUGUCACAAUUAUUUUAAAAAAGUCUAAUAUUUUAACAGAUAAUAAUAUUGCAAUAGUCCUCUAGUUAAAGUUCAUCUUAAUUAUGUACAGUUUUCAAUGCCAAGUUCGAACAGGGUUGUACGGUUUGGAUGUACGGAAAUGUACAUUGGUAACACUGUUGUCAUUUUCAUUUUUAUAUCUCGUCGUCGUUGUCUCGUUUGGGGAAAAUGAAGCAGUGAUUUUAAGAAAAAAAUUAAGAAUAUUAUGGAUUCAAAUAGACAUCACGAAGUAAUUGAUGGAAAUGACGAAAGACGAAGUGCAAUGUAUUUUACUAGAGGAAUCGAUGAUGGUCGAACAAAUACUGAAUAUUAUUCGCAUGAGAGAGUUAAUAAUAAGUCUUGCGUGUGCCCAAACAUGUCAAAUAAUAUUACGUGCAAUGCAUGUCCCUCGACAUCAGAUGGAACUUGGAAUUCAGAACACUCUUUAAGAGUAGAUUUUCAAAAAUCAGGUUCAUCGCGAGAUAAAAUUAAUCAAAAUUUAUUAUAUCCUCACGACGGCAGGCAAUUUUUCCAUUCAAAUGGCGACGUAUCUUAUGGUACAGAAGUAAUCCCUACCAACAGAAGUAUUGUAGGAUUACAGCAUGAAAGAAAUUCAGUGUCUAAUAAAAGUUGUGCCUUGGAGUCGAAUUAUAAUUUCGAGCAACAACUUCAGCAUCAACAAUCUCACCACCAACUGCAGCCGCCAAACCUUAUACAAAUGCAAACGCAUACGAAUACAGCCAAUAUAACAAAUUUACCACCUCACCAACUACAACAAAACCAUCAUCAACAUAUACGUGCAAUAAGUAAUUAUCCUAAAGAGAGUAUUUAUGAUGAUAUAGUGGGUUACCAUACAUCGGUUCCUGACCAAGGGUCGACAAAAGCAACAAUAUACAGUGAGGUUAUACCAAGUCAAAAGUCAGUUGCAACAACAAUGGACUUAAUACACAACAGCAAAAUGGAUCCCAGCAAUAUUGUAAAUCCAAGUAACUCAUUAGCCUUGAAGGAGCAGCAAGGAAGUCCGAACUAUGCCAGAAAAUGUCCCCAAAUUUUUGUACACAGCGAUCACAACAACGUGCACACAAGUCAUCAGAGCUUAUAUAUGUCGACACCACAAUUUAGUUCGGAUAAGUUCAGUAAUAUUCAUGCGCAAAGGAAAAUUGUACAUGAGUCGGAACUUAAAGUUCAUGGAUAUGUUACUGACAUGAAGAUGAACGAAUUACAAAUGCCUUCUUAUAAUAAUUAUUCACAGCAUGUUAGUGGUAACAACUAUCAUCACAGUAUCCACGAGACUACAGUACAACAGUCGCAGUUAAAUCCUCAGCAUCAAGAACCAUUAUUGACCAAUGUCAAUCCACAUUUGCCUCGAAACCAUAGCUAUUAUAUGCAAGGUGCCAAGACCCAAGUAUCUACCACUGCAGAAAGGGAACCGAUUACAACAAAACAGAUGCAAAUUACAAGUCAGUAUUCAAAAAACCAGAAAGCCUUACCAUCACACUCCCAACUGCAUUCAUUAUCACUUCCCCAUCAACUAGCGAAGACACCGGCUCAUGAUAUAGUGUUUAAAAAUAAAGAAGUAAUUUUUAGCGACUCAAUGCCUCAUCAAACUAGUGGUUUAUAUGCUAAUCCAUAUAAAACGUCUUCGCCUUUGGAUACCUGUUGUAAGGACGUAACUUCGCCUUAUGACAGUAUAACUAAUAGCUUUAGUGAAAAUAAUGUACAGCAUGUUUAUUUUAAAUACGGUAAAAUAGCAAAAGAGACAAUAACAAAAACAAAUUUCUGUACGGAAAAUCAAAAUACUCCUCCUCCUACUCCUGUUCGCCGCUCGUCUGGAUAUAAAGAUCAACCAUACUUUUAUGAAGCACAGCAUACAAAGCAUGAUAAUAAUGCGCAUAUUACAAAUUACAUGUCGCCAUCUAUUGCUGUGGCAGCUUCACCGUCACCAUCGCACACAACGCCGCCAUCUCACAUACAAAUGCAACACACAAGCCUAACACCACAGAGUCAAUCGCAAUCACCAUCGAAUUAUACACAAAUGUAUCGUCGACAUCACAAUCAAAUUGAAACUAAUCGGUCGUCCGGGCGUACACAUCAGGAAAGCGCCGCAGUUCAUCCAAGUCCGAAUUAUUGUGGUUAUGAACGACAUUCCCAGAAUUCCAAGCCACUGUCUUCUCAUUCGGUGACUGUACAAACUUUAUCACAGGCACAAUCAAUAGAUCCACAAAUGCAACCUAAGCAAAUUUCACACCUAUCGAACCAAGGUCCAAAACAAAAUAAUAUAAAGAAAUCUCAAGUUCCAAAAACCAAUUACAGAGAACUGAUAAACCAAGUAGUCGCAAUGAGAAGUGCUACAUCGGAAAAAGAAUUGGAUUUACAGAUCAUCAAGAAAGCCCUAAAUUCUGCGUCUGGUCAGACUGGAGCUUCACCUGUGGACAAAUUAUCUCAAACCGGGGCAGAUAUAAACAACGGCUUUUUACCACUACCCAUUAAUACCUCUUUGUCUAAGGACUAUGGGGCUGGUGUAAUAGAAAAUGGGAUUUUAGCGGAAAAUGCACCCACAUCUACACACAAUAUGACAAAAGUUUGUAAAGAUUCAACGUUGUCUGAAUUGCAUAAGACAAUUAAAAUAGAAGAGCCGUUAACACCAUCGCCUUUAGAUUUAUCGAUGCGUACAGUUAAAACGAAAGCUGAUUCUACUGAGUAUCGAUAUAAUCAAGCCAUUUUAAUAAAUCCCCAAGCUGAUUUCAAGCACACCCUGCCAAGGGUAGAUUUCACGCCAAAUUUUUCACUACACGCAGAUGUGACAUCAAGGGAGUCUAAAAUAAUAAUAAGUCAACAGAAUGAACAAUUUUAUAAUUCAUCUGAGGUUACAAGGCCAGUAAUAGUGCCGGUUGACUCCAAGGUGAUUGCAGCACAACCAGAAAUAAAAAAGAGUUCGAAGCAAUUUCCCUCUGAAUAUUCAUCUAAAGUUUGCACGAUCACACCUCGGAUCGGCCCAUCUGCUAUCAGUACCCUGAAGGAAACUUCUAUGGCAAUUAACACAUCUGAAAAAAGCUUACCAAUAUGUCAGAUGCGUCCCAGCGUUGUAGAAACAAAUCCUUUUGCGACGGUGAAAACAAUAAAAUCUAAAACAGUUCCAGUGAUUGGUAGUAAUGUGCCUGCAACAGCCGAACACUUUAAACUAGCUACUAAUAUGGGUAGAGUAUCGCAAUCGAUUCAGUCAACUAGUUCUGAAUUUACUUUUUCGCCAGCUUUUUCCGAUGGGGUUAUAAAAGCCGCUAAUUCCAUGUCUUCAGUUGAUAUCAAUCCUUUAUCCAAUACAAUAGCUCGAGAUCAGCGAAAUCGUAAUUAUCUUGGUCGUAAGCGCCAUCUUCAAGAAUACUCAAAUUCACAACGUACUGAACCCGUCGUUAAGCAACAAAGAUAUCAGGAACAUAUCGGCCAACCAAACGCUGUAUUAACACCUACAAUUUCCACUUCAACGGCGGUCAUAGCAAUAAAUGAUCGAAUAGUAAAUGAGGAAAGAGGACUAGAUGUGAAAACGGUGGACAAGUCAAUACAUGCCGAAAUUGUUCCAUGCUGUCAAAAGGAAAACACCAUAAUUGUUAAUAACAAUGUACCUAUUUGCAAGAUAGAGCCACUAACGCCGACAAUGGAUACUCCACCGCCAACGGUUCCACAACCAGUUCCAAUUGUACCAAUAAAAACGGAAACAAAUUUAAUAAUUGCAGCCCGCAUUAGAACUAAAGCGGAACUGAAAGGUUUUACGUUCAGUACACCAAUAAACGUACCCGGUACUAUUAAAGAGUCCAUUAAAAUAAAAGAAGAACCAAGUAUUUGUUCAACUCUUAACGCCGAACUACCGUCCAUUCCGGGUCUAGACGAAAAGUACGAUUUGAUUGAUAUUAUAGAUUGCAAUUGGAAUAGUAAAUGUACUGAUUUUAUGGAACAGUUGCUUACAAGUUCACGAAACAUUCAUGCCAAAUGCCGAUUUGGAAGUGUGAAUAUGGAUAUAAGGGUAGAGAAUCAAAAAUCUUCAAAUGACAUUAAAGAAUUAGAAACAAAAGACACAACUAUAGGAAAUAACACAUCAAACGUUAGCAUUGAAUCGGCAGAAAGCAGUAAAUCGUGUGAUAUAACUGACGUAAAGGUCGAAAGUACCAUGACGGGGGAACGUUUUACAGGUAAAUCGCCGGAAGUCCAUUCCUCACAGUCAAAUAAUGUCAUUAUUCAGAAAAAGAUAAGUAAACACGAUAGGGAAAAAAUGAGAUUACUGCAAGAAAAACGUAUUGCUGCUCGUUUGCAAGUGGACAGUAGCUCGGAGAGUGACAAUGAAAUUAUUAAAAGAAAAUCCGAUCGUUCGAAGAAACCACUAAAGAAAGUUAAAACCCGGCAAAAUAAUAACACUAAUACAAAUCAGUUUUCUGACUGCGGUUGCGACUCUUCAGAGAGUAAUGAUUAUAAUGACUGCAAAAAUCUUACUACAAAAACAUCUGUUCAAGAAAAUGAUGAAAAAGACAUACAGGCAAAUGUAUCGUCAAAACUACAUAAUUUGCAGGAAGCAACGACGUUAUCGAAUUUAAAAGACAAGUGCCAAAUUAAUGCUAUUAAAAAUAUCCACUCUGUAUCAGAUAGAUCAAAAUCUCCCGAUGAUGCGCAAAAGUUAGUCAGGAAGAGUAUUAGGGAAAAGGAAAUAUAUAAUACAAAUAUUAAAGAACAAAUAGAGAAGAACAAGGCGAUAACGUCGAUGCAAAAUAAUUCUAAAUGUAAAGAAGACAUCGAAGAAAAAAAAGGUGAAAAAAAACCAAAAGUGCAUUUAAUGGUAGGGUUAAAUACAAUGACCCGCUCCAAGCAGAAACGGGAAAUGGAACUGCAAUUGGCAAAUAGUAAAGUAUUGCGAAAUGAUAAAAUUAUUCGUAAUUCCACCACCAAAAUUAAGUCAAUCAAACGAAAAUAUGUACGGAAAUUCGCCAAUAAUCAGAGCUCUACAUUGACAGUUUGCAAAGAGCUUUCGAAGAAGCAGUGUGAUCGCGAACUUUCAAUGCGUUUGCGUUCUAGAAAUGAGAAGUCCGUGAAAAGUGGCAAAACUGAAAAAGUACCUGGUUCCAGUUUUAAGAAAUUUAAUAAGGCAGCGUUGGCCAUUGACAAAAGUAAUAUUCAAAAUAGCAAGCCUAAAGAUAAAGAACGUCAAUUGCUUUUGGAAGCUUACCGUUAUAAACGUUCGCUUAAAAUUCCUCCCAGCUUAAUUACUAUAGAUCAUUCGCACAAUCUGAAAAUGGCCUCUUCAUUGCCAGAUUUAGAGCGUGAACAAGAUCCCUUACUAUCUAAUACCAAUAGAAGUUCUAAAUUUGCGAAAUCCAUCGAGAGGUUGCUUCAAAAGUCAACACCGAAUAUCAGCGAAAAGUCCACAUUAACUACUAAAACACAACAAGAAGAACAACUGUGUCGUGAAAGACGGUCAAUAAUUGAUGUGCUGCAUUCCCGUGUUAUAAAUACAAGCGUUGCUGCUAGUACAAAGCUCAAAAAUAAAAAAAAUGUAAACCAUUAUGGUGUUUCGAGCCAAGUUCAUAGUGAUGUUUCACACAGUGCAGAAUCGAGUUCAGUUACGGAGCUCUUUUCUAUACCUGUGAAAAAAGAGCAUGAUGAAGAAUCUAGUGACGGAAAGAAACGGCACUUUAGCAUUUUUGAAACAACUGUGUUGAAAACUAAAACACGAACAGAGUCUAAAAUGCAACAACGAAAAGAGAUUAUUCGAGAGAUUUUCGUAGGCGAUGAUCGACCAGCAUCUGCUCCACCGGAAAUAAUAUCCCAAAUGUCAGAUGGCAAUGACAAAAUGACAUUCGAACAGAAAUACGAACAAUUCUUACAACAAUUAAACAUUGUCAUAAACGAUUCUGUUACGAUCGGAGUUUCUGCAACAACUUCGACAGCGAAUCAACAUAUUAAAGAUAAGGAAGACACCUUGGCGAGUAUUGGUGUACCUGAAACCCACGAUAAUAAGUCACUAAACUCAAAAGUUGCUAAUAGAUCCACCCUUGAAAUAGAUAAUAUAACAUCUGGAUUUAGAAGACGACGACCGGGAAAGUAUCUGCGACGUAAAGGAAGCUCCGGGUUUGAUUACAUACGUAAAAAAAAGAAAUCUAAUUCAACUCUAUCCGGGAACCAGAGUUCCGUACAAAAUUUGCAAAUGUUAGCCAAAGUAGAUAGAAAAACGGAAGAAGAAAAAUAUGAAAAAAAAGUGAAGACCGAGAGUGAUGUUUGCCGUGAAAUAAAUAAAUGGGUGCUAAACAAAAGCGUUGGCCAAAGUGCAAUGCAUAAAGCAGCACGUCUAGGGUACAUAGAUGUUGUUGUUUACUGCUUGGAUCGUAUGGGUAUGAAUCCAGAUCAGAAAGAUAAUGCUGGUUAUACACCGCUACAUGAAGCUUGUACCAAAGGUUGGCUUGAGAUUGCUAGAACACUCUUGCAGUACGGUGCGAAUCAUUCAGAAGCGGCGCAUUCGGGCAUACGACCGUUGCACGAGGCAAGUGAAAAUGAUCACGAAGAAAUAGUACGGUUACUGCUUUCUUAUGGUGCUGAUCCUUUGCUCGCUACAUAUUCAGGUCAAACGCCUUUAAUGCUGGCUGCAAGCACUGCUAUGAGGAAUCUUCUAAACAAUCAUUUAAGUGAUGUACAAAAUGUAGAGGCAGAUAAAAAACCCUGGCGUUUUAGAGGACCAUGGGAGAUUUUAGAUUCGUCAAUAUAUGGUUAUGAUAUAUUCGGAGGAGCGCCGAAUUUUACUUGUGAUAUGAGCAGAGCUCUUAGAAAAAGUUCAGUAUCUAAUUCGAUAACGAACAAAAAACAAAUAAAUUCAUUUGUAGAGGUGGGCAAUAAUUGUAAGACUAAAAUGGAAAAUUGUGCAGUAGUGCUUGACAAUAUUGAUCGAUUCAACUCCGUUCGAUUGUACAAUGACAACAAACCGGAAAUAUUAGUAGAGAAUUCGGACAGUGAGGGUGAAAUGUUUGAAUUUGAAGAAGCUGAUAUUUUACUACCACCCUUAUAUUUACUCAAAGAUGAAGGAACUGACAAAUGGGUUUUAUUGAGUGAUUUGUGCAAUUUACUAAAAGUCAAAUCUAAAGAUACACUUUUAAACAAGAUAUAUCCACCAUCUUCAUCAGCAUCUUCCGCCCACAAAAGUCUGAUGAGGGAACUUAAGAUGUCAGAUUUCUUGGAAAGAGCAACGUGUUUGCAACUUCUAUGCGCUGGGGAAAAAAUAAACAUUUGCUCUUCAAAGGUUGUUUUAAUUAAAUACAACGAUAGCGUUCGAAAUUUAUUAGGUGUAAAAACAAUAUUGAUGAAGUUUUAAAAAAGAAUUAAAUAAAUUAUGUAUAAAGAACGUGAUACCAAGGUGCUAUACGGAAAAGUUAUUGAAAGAAGUGUAGAUAACCAUCAUAGUUAUGUAUAUGUGUUGUAAUAUAAAAGGGAGAUAAUCAGUGAUUAUGAAGAUUAUAAAGAUUGUGACGAAAACAAAAAAGCAUAUUAUUGUAAAUGUAUUUGUAAGAAAUAGGCUAUAAAAAUUAUGUUUAUGACCAACAUUAAUUAUAAAAGUGCAUAAUAUUUUCAUAAUAUUAAAGAGGGUAGUUUUAAUACAAUGUGUAUUCUAAUUUUUAUUAUAAAAAAUAACAGUUAAUUAAACAUACAAAGAUACCAAACCUAGUUUAUCUGUGUUCACAAAAAUAACUAGACGUGAAAUAAAAAGGUGGCGUUACUACCUAUAUAUAUAUAUAUAUUAUUUAAAUAUA